AUAGACAGAGCUGUGUUGUGUCUGUGUUUGUGUGAGAAAGAGAGAGAGAGAUGGCCGGAGGUGGCGGAGAAGGAGCUUCCCUAGAGUAUACUCCGACAUGGGUGGUGGCGCUCGUCUGCAGCGUCAUCGUUGCCAUAUCAUUUAUAGCUGAAAGAUUACUCCAUAGUUCUGGCAAGUAUUUAUUGAAGAAGAAUCAGGGGUCUCUGUUUCAGGCCUUGCAGAAAAUCAAAGAAGAGUUGAUGUUGCUGGGAUUCAUAUCUUUAUUGCUGGCUGCAUUUCAAUCCAGACUUAGUAAAAUCUGCAUUCCUAAAGGCUGGACCCAUCAUUGGCUCCCUUGCAGCAAGGAAUCAGAGCUCAAAUCCACAGCUCACUUCCUCACCUUCUCUUCCACCCGCCACCUCCUCGCCGCUGCUGAUGACUCUGCAGGUUACUGUGAUGCCAAGGGAAAGGCGCCAUUGCUGUCUGUGAAAGCUCUGCAUGAUCUCCACAUUUUCAUCUUUGUGUUGGCUGUGUCCCAUGUUGUAUUCUCAGUUCUCACUCUCAUGUUUGGACGUUUGAGGAUACAACAAUGGAGACAUUGGGAAGAUUCCAUACUCAAUAAACAAUAUGAUCCUGAACAAGCUGUGACUCAUGUCCAAGAGCAUGCCUUCAUCAGGAACAGAUUUUCAGGCAUCGGUAAAGUGUCGUUGUUUGGAUGGGUGAAAUCUUUCUUCAAGCAAUUCUUUCAUUCAGUCAGCAAAGAAGACUACACCACUCUCAGACUUGGCUUUGUAAUGAAUCAUUGCCGUGGAAAUCCCAAGUUCAAUUUCUACAAGUACAUGACUCGUGCUCUCGAAAAAGAUUUCAAGAAAGUAGUUGGAAUUAGUUGGUAUCUUUGGGUGUUUGUGAUUCUCUUCUUGUUGCUCAACGUCGAUGGUUGGCAUGCAUAUUUCUGGAUCUCCUUCAUUCCUCUAGUACUGUUGCUAACUCUGGGGACUAAGCUGGAGCACAUAAUAAUCCAACUAGCUCGAGAGGUGGCGCAGAAGCACAUUGCAGUUGAGGGGGACUUGGUUGUGAGCCCUUCAGACGAUCAUUUUUGGUUCCACCGCCCACGCCUCGUCCUAAUACUUAUCCACAUCAUUCUCUUCCAAAAUGCCUUUGAGAUUGCUGUCUUCUUCUGGAUGUUCCUCAUGUACGGCUUCGACUCCUGCAUAAUGGGAGAAGUCGGCUAUGUCAUUCCUAGGCUCGUCAUAGGGGUGUUUGUACAGUUCCUUUGCAGUUACAGCACUCUACCACUCUACGCCAUUGUUGCGCAGAUGGGGAGUUCGUUCAACAAGGCGAUAUUCGAAGAUCGUGUUCAAGCCGGGCUGGUUGGGUGGGCUCAGAAGGCUAAGAGCAAGGACGCUAGCAAGGGCAAGGAUUCGGUGUCGGAUCAUCAAGGAUCUCCUCUUCUCAAACUUGAGGUGAUGCAGAGUCCACCUACAAACAAUAAUAAUGGGACAGCCCCAGAAAUCAAACAUACUACCUGAUUGAAACCAAAGCAUACAUGUCCAAGAUUGUGUUUGGAUUCCUCAAUUUCAAUUUUCAAGAGUCUCAGUUUGAUUUGUAUUAAUUGUUCAUGUGAUUAGUAUAUGGUUGUAUGAGUGAGUGUUUCUUCUUUUUAUACAAGGUAAUUAUGUGAAA